CUUAAGGAAAAACGGAUCUCCUCCUCAGGUUUCCUCCCCACUUUGUGGGAUUGGUUGGCUUAGCGGGUCGGUAGAGACGGGAAGCGACCAGAGCAGAACAUUUGCUGCAGAUGGUUCAGAUACUCAGGUGAGCAGCAGAGUUAAACCUGUAGGCCUGGGAGGAGCCGCCCUCCAGUCUGACAGGUUGGACCAGGAGUGGGUGGAGUUUCUGCAGAAGCCUCACCUUUUACUGUCAGUUGUUCUGGCAUUUCAGCUGCUGCAAUGGCGGAGGCCAGGCCUUCUUUGUCUAUUGAGGAGCUUUCAGAUGACAGGCCUCCUUCCCAUAGUGAGGAGAGUCCAGACCAAGACGAAAAGUCUUCCUCCCCUAUUGGAUGUAGUUUUAUUAAGAGUUGCAUGGGAAAGCCCAAGAGCAUUUGGUCAUUUUUCCUGGAUUUUCUGGGUCUCCUACUGUUUGUUCUCGACGUCGUUUUGGACUUCAAGACUCUGGUGAUGUUCGGCUUGAAUAGGGAGUACGGGCACCUGGCUGUUCUGCUGGUUCUGCUCGUAGGCUCGGCCGUGCUCACACACACUUUCAGCUGGCUCUGGUACAAGGAUGAUGAGUUUGGCAUGAUGACCAACCUGGAGAGGAUCCUGUAUCCCAACCUUGGAUUUCUGCACAUCUUCCAUUUAGGAAUCUACACCAGGCAUGCAGCCGUUGCAACGGCUUCAAUGGAAAACGUCCGCUUUCAGUCCGAGAAACUGAAGAAAAUAAUAAAGUACCGUAAACAGGAUCAGAAAAUUCUGGGGAUCUUUGAGGCGUACUCGGAGAGCGCUCCUCAGGUCGUCCUCAUGCUCAGCAUCGCCCUGAGUGACGAUGGCUGGACACCGACUGUCCUCACAGUGCGUAAGAUCCUGGUCUCAUUUGUGAGCAUCAUCUUCUCUGAGGCCAAGUACUACAAGUCAGUCAUGUCCUGCCUCAGUGAGACCGACCGGUGCUGGUGCUGCUCUUGUACGACAGUGAUGCGGUUUGCACUCUUCUUCCUCUGGAAGCUGCUCCUGGUGUUGAGUCGCCUUGUUGCCCUCGCCCUCUUCGCCUCCGUGCAGCCCUGCUACAUCUUCACCCACUUCGUCUGCUCCUGGCUGCUGCUGUUCUUUGUUGCCUCUUACAUCGAGACUAAACAAGAAGACUCGGUCUUCAGGCAGUCUACCGUUGAGAAGUGGCUGUUCCGAGGCACUGUGGCCCUCAUCUGGUACUUCAGCUGGUUCAGCGGCGUGGUGAAGAGGAGGACCAGCAAACUGAUGCUGUUCUACCACCUCUACAUGCUGGUGGACAUCUUGGUCCUCUGUGGGUUGUGGUACUCGGGAAUUGGCUCGAAUCCGCUUCACUUAGAGAUCUCAUCUUUGAACGUUGCAAUCUUUGCUGGAAGUGUGCCCGUUUUUUAUUUAAUUGGAUUGUUUUGGAAGGGGAUUUAUUUUUAUGGCCUCCAUCCAGAUGUGGAGGAAAAGAAGCUGGAAGAAGACAAGAAGGAGGAGGAGAAGGAGAAGAUGCAUCUCUUCACACAUGUCCAGCCAGAUAAGUGGACGUGUGUGAAGAAACAAGAACAACUCAUCUCUAUGAAAAUCAUCUUCUAUCUCUUCUAUUUGUUGCCUGGCUUUAGUAAAUGUUUUAAAAACCCUGAACCUGAUCCCAGCGAACCGCCUCGCAGCAACAGGAGGAUGGAGGAACUGGCCAAGAGUUUCUACAUAAAACAAGCUGACGGCUUUGAGGAUUCUCAGCAGGUUUUCUACUGCAGGUGACUGACGAAAGGAAAGUUCAUCUCUGACUCAAGAUGCAACUAUAGUGAUGACCUCUGACCCUCCAGAGCCACAUGAAGCCGGUUCCACAGUGGACCUUCUAGCAGCUGCAGAACAUUUCAGGCCCAGAGGAUGAAAGUCUGAGACCAGAGAAACUUUGAUUCCUGCAGCAGGUCAGAAAGACGAACCAGAAGCUGCAGCUGGAGAAACACCGAGUUCCUUUAAAUCCAGACUAAAUCCAGCUGGUUGGAGCUGCUUUUGAAACGGAAUAAAUGAAACAUUUAACAAUGCCUCUU